UUGUGGGAGGAAUGCAUGGGUAAAAUGAAGCAAGGUCUCCUUCCUAGCUUAGAAGAUCUACUUUUCUAUACUAUUGCAGAAGGACAAGAAAAAAUACCAGUUCAUAAAUUCAUAACUGCACUCAAAUCUACAGGAUUACGUACAUCUGACCCUCGAUUGAAAGAGUGCAUGGAUAUGUUAAGACUGACUCUUCAGACAACUUCAGAUGGUGUCAUGCUGGACAAAGACCUUUUUAAAAAGUGUGUACAAAGUAAUAUUGUGUUGCUUACUCAAGCUUUCAGGAGGAAGUUUGUCAUUCCGGAUUUUAUGUCGUUUACUUCCCAUAUUGAUGAGCUAUAUGAAAGUGCUAAAAAACAAUCUGGAGGAAAGGUUGCUGAUUAUAUUCCACAACUGGCCAAGUUCAGCCCUGAUUUGUGGGGUGUGUCCCUUUGCACCGUGGAUGGACAGAGGCAUUCUGUUGGUGAUACCAAAGUUCCGUUUUGUCUUCAGUCCUGCGUAAAGCCUUUGAAAUAUGCUAUUGCUGUUAAUGAUCUUGGCACAGAGUAUGUGCACAGAUAUGUUGGGAAAGAGCCUAGUGGACUAAGAUUCAACAAAUUGUUCCUGAACGAAGAUGACAGGCCUCAUAACCCUAUGGUGAAUGCUGGAGCAAUUGUGAUCACAUCUUUAAUCAAGCAAGGAGCAAAUAAUGCAGAAAAAUUUGACUACGUGAUGCAGUUCAUGAAUAAAAUGGCUGGUAAUGAGUAUGUUGGAUUCAGUAAUGCUACGUUCCAGUCUGAAAGAGAGAGUGGAGAUAGAAACUUUGCAAUUGGCUAUUACUUGAAAGAAAAAAAGUGCUUUCCUGAAGGCACGGAUAUGGUUGCUAUACUAGACUUCUAUUUUCAGCUUUGCUCAAUAGAAGUAACAUGUGAAUCAGCAAGUGUGAUGGCAGCAACUCUGGCUAACGGUGGCUUUUGCCCAAUCACUGGUGAAAGAGUACUGAGUCCUGAAGCAGUCCGGAAUACCUUGAGCUUAAUGCAUUCCUGUGGCAUGUAUGACUUUUCAGGGCAGUUUGCCUUCCAUGUUGGUCUUCCUGCAAAAUCUGGAGUUGCUGGUGGGAUUCUUCUGGUUGUUCCUAAUGUCAUGGGGUUGAUGUGCUGGUCACCUCCUUUGGACAAGAUGGGCAACAGUGUUAAAGGAAUUCACUUUUGUCAUGAUCUGGUUUCUUUGUGCAAUUUCCAUAACUACGAUAAUUUGAGACACUUUGCAAAAAAGCUUGAUCCUCGCAGAGAAGGUGGUGAUCAGCGGCAUUCCUUUGGACCAAUGGACUAUGAGAAUCUCCAGCAAGAACUUGCUUUAAAAGAAACAGUGUGGAAAAAAGUGUCACCUGAAUCAAACGAGGACAUCUCCAGAACCAUAGUGUAUAGAAUGGAAGGUCGGGGAGAGCAGAACUAAACGAAUGGGUUCUAGUUUCAUUAAAUUCUUCAUUUUACAAACCCUCAAGCAUCUCUAGAUUUAACUUGGAUUUGAAUAUUGUUUGCCUGGUGUUCCAUUUAUAUAUAUAUUUUGUGUAAAUUCUGUAUGCUAUACCAAAAAGACUGUCAAAGUUCAAGGGCGGGGUGGGGAAAAAGCAUAUGCAAACAACAAACCCAAAGCUGUUAACUGACUUUUGUAGUUACUUAGAACACAUUUAGUUAAAAAAAAAAAAGGUAAAUCUUACUGUUUUCAAAGAUAUACCAUUUCUGUGUAUAUCUGUUUAUUUUUGUUUAUAUCUCAGAAUUUUGAGUAAAUGAGCUGUAGAGCUAAGCAAGAACUUACGUGUCCUCUGAGAAGGGUCAGCAUGUAAAGAUAGGAGAAUAUGAAUUAAAAUAUAAAAUAGUGUCAGCAAAAUACAGCAAAUUCCUGAAUCUCUAAAUAAUUGUAUAUUAAGUGGAGAUAGGUUCUGAGUCAUGUUAUUAUCAUAUCCUUUCUUUUUUAAUGUGAGCUUUCAAAUUGCUUUGAAUGGAAAUGGACCCUUUGCAUAUGCCAUGCUAGUGAAGAUUAUUUUUCUCUUUUAAUCAGACCAUUAAUAAUUAUUGAUGCCAAUAUUUAAAUAAAAAGAGCAAAAAUGGCUGGGGAGGAGUGGGAGAAGCGGGGAGGAGGAGGAAAAAACCUGUCUUAUUUGCAAGUUAACUAACAAAGCAGAAAGAUUUCUGACCCAACUGUUCUCUAGCUGCUUGUGCUGCCAGCUGGUAGUUAUGACUCAGAAGUCUGCCUUACUAAUAGUGCAGUGCUCCACCCUGGAGAGGAAUGUAAGCAAUCUGGGGUUUAGAGUGCUAACUAACUGAGCAGUGAGCAGGAAAUAUGUUCAGAGUAGAGCAGAUAGGUAGAUCUUAUUAAAACUGUUUACGAUUAACUUACUUUUCAACCAUUAAUAUGUGCCCAUGUUCACAUAUGAAGAUGAGAGGUUUCAAUUUACUUACACAUGAGCAAAUUCUUAAAAAGUUAUCAUUAAUUGAUAUCUUUUUCAAAUGAUUUUGAGUUUGCAGCUCUGUCAGUUUGCUGAAGAACAGGACUUGCAUUUUUCUACAGACAAGAGCAUCUGUCAAGCUGCAUCAUUUGAUAAUUUGAGUAUCUUUAGUAGGGUGUAGCUUAAAAUGAUAUAUUUAAGCUUCAGAUAGGCUCUGUAGGCAAUGCUGGACAGAGGUCAAAGAUUUGCUAAAUUCUUGACACUUGUAGGUAUUAGAUUCUUAAUGAUGCUAAAAAUCUUAGAAAACUAUUCUCUGUAUCACUUUUAUAAGUUUGCAAAUAAUCUGAUACAUCCCAUCCCCAUUACACAUCAUGCAGAGUCCAAGUUUAUAAAACUGCAGAAAACUUGUCCAAGCAAUGAUAAAUGGUAUUAACUGAUUGAGGAUUUUAAGAGGCAAUGACAUACAAUUCCUUCACCUCUUCUCACCUUCCCCUCUCCCUCUCCCUUUUUAGUUUAUCUAAAACUCCAAGGUGUGUUCAUAUGUGAGUUUUGCUAAAAGGAGAGUUCAAUUUUUCCUGCCCCUCUUUUGACCCAUCUAGAUGUUUAUGAGUUUAGGAAGAUGCAUAAGGCAAAGUUGAUAUUCUCUGAAAAAGCAAGCUCCUCUUAAUUGCUCUGUUUAGGUAUUGUUAUUUUGCAUAAACUUUUGGAAAAAAAAACUGACGAAACCCUGAAUAAUCUUCAUUUAGCAAUAUAUUGUAAAAGGAUAGGCUCCCUGUCUUUGAAGCCUGGGAUGAAAAGUGUUUAAGCAAUUUUCAGUGAAUUUGAAGCCCUACUGGGAUGAAGAGGUAGAUCUGUGGUGCAGAUGUCAGUAAUAAGUGUCAGUCAUAAAUUGCUGAAUAAGAAUUAUUUUAUAAUCUUAUCACUGAUGAUAAGGUUAAGUUUGUCAGUGCUUAUCCUGAAAAUAAAGUGAGUAAAGGCAAAGUCUUGUAUUAUUAAAAUCUCACCCAUUUGAGGAUUUUACAGUAAACUAGUAGAUACAGAGACAUAACAAGUAUUCAGAUCCUGCAGAACUACAUGUCCUUACCUGAAAUACCCUCAGUUGCAAGAGGGAAUGUAAUGUGUCUGUGCUGCUAAUGAAAAGUAUUUACAAUGAUGACGUUGCUGGUUAAAUUACUGAUUUAAUUAAAAAUGAAAAAUACAUGAUGCAGGAUUUGCUUGAUCUGACUCUACCCAUCUGGAUUUUAGUACUGUUUGAAGCCACUUCAUGUGGUUGAAGAUGGAAGAUUUUUCCAUCUGGGUUUCAACUUGAAAAUAAAAAGUUUUACCCUAUUUAUGUUUGUCAGUUAAAUACAGAAUUUGUGGUAGAGUCAAGUCCUGCGUGGGAAAUAGAAAAAUAAAGAAACUACUAGAUCUUUAAUAUGCAUAAUAAGAAUAUUUAGGGUACAGCUUAAACAAUCUUUAUAUAUUUAUAUAUAUAUUACAGUUCUGUAAUAUAUGCUUUUGAAGCCUGUCUCAGAAUUGAAGGCAGCCUCUAGCUAGGAGGAGAAUCUCAGGAGGAGAUUCCUUUGAACCAAUUAUUUUGUAACUUGCCUACACUUGUAGUUUCUUGUCCUGGCCUGCCAUGUCUGCAGAUGGCUCUUUUUCAUGGCAGGGUGCCUGGAGGCCAGAGUUAGGUCUGCCCUGAUGACUUACCCCACCUACAUUGGGUCUGGUGAGCGGGUCCCAAAGGAUGGGUGAUAGAGGCUGGUCAUUCCAUGUGUGAAGUCUGCAACGGUUUUAGUGUUCACCUGUGCUACAGUAAUAGCAAUUCUUGAUAUUCAAGCAUUUUAGCUGUUUGUUUGUUUUUCUUUGUCAGCAUCAUUAACAUUUCAUUAGAAAUGUAAAUGCUUUUUAAAGUUUUAUUUUAGCAUUUGUGUUGUACCUUUUGACUCAGUUGUUAAGUUACCUGUCUCGUUUUCCAUUUUUCAUUUGCAUUGUAUGUUAUUUAUGUAUCUUGAUUUCCAGCAUGCUUAUUUUUGUAUUGUUUAAUAAAUUUAUUUUAAGCUGA